AUGCAUAUUCAACACUGUUUUUUGAUCUACUUGUUGGAAAGUCUCCACCACUUUGCUGUGCAUUCCGCUUGCGAGCUUACACCACAAGUGAAGUUUCCUAACGGAAAACAAGAAAAUAGUCGCUUGGAAGGCCUGGUGCUAAGCACCACGUCAGGAACAGCUUUGGAAUGUUUUGGAAAAUGUGUCCGAAAUUGUCAUUGUAAGUCAAUCAACGUCUGCGGGACGACGUGCGAAUUAAAUUCUGGCAAUCAACGCGACAAAACGCCGAGUAACGACCAAGGCUGUACCUAUUACGAGCUGUCAUUUGAGAGUCAAAACUCGGGUACAACAGGAGGAAGCUGCACUCAAAAACAAAGCUGUUCGUGCGCAGGUAACCCAUGCAUGAACGGAGGAACUUGCGUUGAGCAAUGUCCAACUGCAUCAGGCAAACGGCAUCGUUGUAGUUGCCCAAAACAUCUUGGAAUUAGAGGUGAACGUUGUGAAGAUCUCCCAAAAAGCUGUAGAUCCAUAUAUGAUGCAAAUCCUGGAAGUCAAUCUGGAGUGUACACAUUGUACGAUGAUCUAAACCAAGCUUUUCGGUCUUUUUGCGACUUCACAUUGGUUGAUGGUAAAGUGUGGACCUUGGUCCAGUCAUUUUCAAGGGGGAAUCGGGUUUAUUACAAGAAAAAACAAUUAUUUAUUAAUAACCCAAGAUCGCAAGCAAAUCCUGCUUUUAACGAUUUUCGCCUUCCUAAGGCAACAUUUACUAGUAUCCAGAAGAACUCGACCCACUUUCGAAUAACAUGCAACUAUGAUCCGCAUACGUUCGCCGAUACGAUCGAUUAUGUCCGUCUAAAAACUAGCACGGUCGACUUUUUAACCUAUAAUAGCGACCAUGUUACUGAUAAGUGCAUUUUGGUGGAAUACUUGAACAUCCGUGGUGGAUCAUGUACUGACUGUACAGUGGCCAUAAUGCAGACCUCGGUAUACAACAUCUACACAAGCGUAUAUGUAAAUUCAAAUUACGGCUGCGACUGGCAAUACCCCAAUGGGCAUGCCACGUGUGAGGAAAAUCUCGGGGGUUACGACUGUUAUAAUAAUAAUUACAGAUGCUCCUCGUCUUCAACAUCAACCUCUAAUACCUGGUAUGGAUCUUAGCGUGCUUCUUAGUAUAUUUUCAUUAUCGAAGGACGUUUGAAUUAUUAUUUCUCAUUUGUUUAAAGACACGAUAAUUUUAUUUCAAAUAUAAUAAAACUUUUCACUUGAAGCAAAUAAUAACAUGUUGCACCGUAUCACAAGGAGCUGGUAGAUCAAUUAUUGCACUGAAAAAUUCCACGAAAAGCGGCGUACAAUCCACUCCAAGUCAAAGCCUGAUGUAUUAAUUGCCUGCAUGGUAUAAAUAUUGCUAUGUUACACACCCUUUGUUGUAUAUAUAUUUUAUUCAUGUAUCUUUCAAAAAAUUCCAAUACUUAUUGAUAGCACUUACCAUAUUUAAUCUUAUAUACAUGCAUGACUAAGAAAAAAAGGAGAUAUUUGCCGUAGCAAAUAAUAAGUUCAUUGCU